UACGUAAGCGGCUGCGCAGUCGGGCUCUGUAGAGCGGUGGAUGAUGGCGGCUCUCAGUGCCCGCUGGGUGACAGCCGUGACCUGUAGGUCUGUGCUAGGCGCUCGGAGCAGGGUCGGGGCAACUUCAUUAUUACAGAAUGUCAGCGUAAGGUCAGCAUCUGGCAUUACUAAGGCUGAUUUGCCGGGGCCAUACCCCAAAACCCCAGAGGAGAAAGCAGCUGCUGCCAAGAAAUACAAUAUGAGAGUAGAAGACUAUGAACCAUAUCCAGAUGAUGGGAUGGGAUAUGGUGAUUAUCCAAAACUUCCAGAUAAAUCUCAACAAGAAAGAGAUCCCUGGUAUGACUGGGACCAUCCAGACCUCAGGAGAAACUGGGGAGAGCCGAUACACUGGGACUUUGACAUGUUCAUCAGGAACAGAGUAGAUACAUCUCCAAGUCCUGUGCCCUGGAAUACUAUGUGUAAACACCUCUUUGGCUUCAUUGGAUUCAUGCUGUUCAUGUUUUGGGUUGGAGAGAAAUUUCCAUUCUAUCCUCCUGUGGCUCCUAAGCAGUAUCCAUACAAUAACCUGUACCUUGAGAGAGGUGGGGAUCCAUCAAAAGAGCCCCCAGAAGUAAAAAACUAUGUGAUUGAAUAAAUUCACUGAUGUAUUACUCUUGUCUUGACUCAAUAAAUAUACUCUAUAAUUUAAA